CAUUCCCUAUCAUCAUCCAUUUCAUCACCGUGUGGAAAAAAUUCAAACAUGAAGGUGCAUCAGUUCACACGUGGAUUUUGGGAGCAUGAACCUUCCCUUACACUUGGGUGCAAGCGUUUACGCCCUCUUGCUCCUAAAAUUUCUAAUAACACCGAUCAUUCUACUACUAACACCCCCUCUCUUUCUUUUGAUCUCAAGAGUUUCAUUAGACCCGAAAGUGCUUCCAGAAUUAAUCUUGCUUCUUCCGAUGAUAACAAGAAAGAUCCACCUUCACCACAAGGCCAGGUUGAGACGCUUCCAGGAGGGACAAGAUGGAAUCCAACACAAGAACAAAUAGGAAUAUUAGAGAUGUUAUACAGAGGAGGGAUGAGAACUCCAAAUGCACAACAAAUAGAACAAAUCACAAUUCAACUUGGCAAGUACGGAAAGAUUGAAGGGAAAAAUGUGUUCUAUUGGUUCCAAAACCACAAAGCACGCGAGAGACAAAAGCAGAAAAGAAAUAGUCUUGGCCUUGUUCAUAGUCCUCGAACUCCCACCACAACACUUGUGUCACCCACCUUUAGUUGCAUUACAACUUUGGACACCCCCAAAAGGGGUGAAGUAAUGGAAAGAGAUCAAGGAGAUCAUAGUCCAUUGAAAAAGAGUAGGAGUUGGCCAUUGGAGUACAUAGAAGAGCAAAAUUGGUCAAUGUGCAAAGAAGAGGAACAUAAAACUCUAGAGCUUUUCCCAUUACAUCCGGAAGGCAGAUGAAGGGGUUUGUUUAAUUUUAUCAUGAACAUUUUAGCAAUAAUAAGGAAUUUUUAGAUUUUUUUUUCUUUCUUUCCGUAAUGUGCUUUAAUUUGCUUUAGUGUAAUUUCUUCUUUCAUUUGCAUUGGGAAAGAAGAAAGACAAAGAUGUGUACUACUGUGUCUUUGUACUCUUUCACGUAAUGUUAUUGUUCCUGACUUUGGAGCCGAAUUAACAAAACUUUAUUUUGUCGCUA